CGGCCGAUAUCGGAGACCGUCUCCCGAACGGGAGAUACUCUCCGAUACCGGAGACUGCUUGAAUCACGCACUCAUCGCGACCGCGACUGGUCUCCGACUUCGGACACUGUUGCCGAUAUGGAACACUAUCUCCGUAUUCGGCGACCCGACGAGAACGCGAUCUAAUAAACUUUUUGAAGUCUCCAGUUUCGGAGAGUGAUCGCGGUCUCCGUACAUGGCGACUCGGUACUUGAUCUCUAAUUUGGGAGACUCUCAGAAAACGCGAUCUAAACAACAGUAACCAGUCUCUCGUACAGGAGACUGUACUGUACUUUUGCAUUAAAAUAAAUCUCCAAACUCGGAGACUGUGAUCUCGGCGAUUUUAUUUCAAAAGCUGAUCAUGCAAACUUACUUGAUUUUUAUUUUACAGAAGAUGCAUUUUAUUUAUCUACACGAGGAGAUUCAGUCAGACGCACCCAAUAUUUUCGAUAUUAGUAUAGAUCUAUGACUAUGUGAAGAUGCAUGAUUCAUAGGUUCCUGAAUUGAGCUAGAGCAUUCACCUGAAUAUUCAUCAUCAUGCCGAAGCUUAGGUCAAAGAAGUUAUCCAGAGAAGGAGGACAGUUCAAGAAACAAUGUGGAUGCCCAUUUCACAAUGGAGAUUAUUCACAUCUUGUUCGGGUUAAUGACUCUAAAAGGAUUCUCUAUCAUCAAAAAGAAGAACUAAUAAAUACAGGCUUCAUCAAGAAGUGGACAACUUACAUAUGUGACAGUUGCAUUGUAAAAGGAACGAGAAGAAUUACAAAUCAAGCCAAAUCCGAUUCACCUGUGGAAAGCGAAAGUUCAAGUGAUCAAGAAGAAGAAAUGUUUUCGGACAGCAGUGAAGACGAAUUGCCAGAACUGCCAAGAGAAGACAAGGACAAAUGCAGGGAUGUUGGGAAAAUCCUUGGAAAAUUGCUAGGAAAGGACACAAAGAAUUUGUACAAAAACAGGAAAUCCCUUAGCGUCAAUGAUCUGUUAGAGUAUAAUCCAAGACAGUUUUUGAAUCAGAGGCCGGAUGAACUCUUGAUAUUUUUGUGCGAACUGUGCAACAUCAGUGUCAACAGUAUUACAGAUAAACAGACAUAUCUUCUUGCUAAGGCUGUGGAACAGCUUUACACUAUUCGGAAUCCACAAUUAGUUCUCCCUCUCUCCAUGCGGGAGAACAUUGUCAUGUACUCGUUCACAAGCAGUAAACUUGGGGCUAACCUAAUGAACCAUGUUUCGCCUGCAGGUUCAUAUAGAACACUUAUCAGGUGCUUGGACUCAUCAGCUGAGGACCCCAUAGCUAUUCCAGCGGGUACCAGCAGGUGUGUGUUUGACAACAAUCAAAUCAUUGGAAAGACAUACACAAUUAAAGGAGACAACAAAGUGCCCACCAGUGUGAUGUGUAGUGCUGCAUAUAUCAGCCUCAACGAAGGAGAUGAACAAAAGAAUGGAGAACUGAAACCAUCAAAGUGGAUGUGGAAUUCACCCCCAGAAAAAGAAGGAAGCGAUCUUCUUGUAUUUUCAUCAGAUUACGAUGAUUUCUUUCGAGAUACAAGAGAUAAGUUACUGAAACAACAGAUCCAAAAAGUGUAUGAUGAACACAAUGAACAAAGUGAAGAUCACAUAGACAAAUAUGUGCAGGAAAUAAAAGAUGCUCAAACUGAAAAAAUAUGUAUCGAGUGUGGAGGAGCAAACGAUGUCACUUACAGGAUUUGUCGAGCUUGUAAAGGUAGUUUGGUAAAGCCUCCUGAGCCGGAACUCCAUCUGGCAGGAAACGUAGACCCAUUUCAUGCUUUCGAAGAUGUGACUUUUACUGAGAAUGGGGCCACUGUGACUCCAGGCGAGCCGGAGUUCGUAAACCCAAAUAGCUUCGACACUAUAGUCACCGUGCUUAGAGGGCUAGGGAGAAGGGGCGGCAUCAGGCAGUAUGGAGGAGAAGAGCGGGAAUGGAUGUUUGUAGAAUGCGAUGGAUUGCCGUACACGAUUAUGAGGAGCCUCAUCGACAAUGUGUGGUUCUGCAGAAGAUGCAAAGAAUGUCACUAUGGCCAAGAAAAACUUGAGGAGCACCCGUGCAAUUUGAUCGGAAAGGGAGAUGCGUACAGGGAGUUUUCCUGGGUUGUCCCAGUUAUGGGAUUACUGCACCUGGAAAUGAAUGUUUCCAGAUCCUUCAUCAAGCUGAACUGGGAAACAUUUGUAUCUACCAUCGCGUACAACUUGGGAUUUAAAUCUGACAAAGCGCAAAAGUACUGCCAAAAAGGGUCAGAUCAUCACAAGACAUUCACCCUCCUUGAGAUUUGCUACCUUGCAUUUAGCAAAGAGUUGGUCACCCCAUAUGUUAAAUGCUGUAUCCGCAACAAUGUGCGACCAACAGUAGAAGGAUACUGGCAAUGGCAGGAGGAUUCAAGCUGCCCUAACUACAUCUACAUUCAACAGAUGACUCUCACUUAUCUGCAUGCUCUCAUGCUGUUCCGAACAGGUGUUCGGAGAAACAACACCGAGAGCAUUCUGGCAAGCAGAGUGAAAUUUACUCCAAUGAUGUAUGGCCAAAACCACCCAAAGUACCAGGAGAUACUUUUUCGAGAUAUGCUUGAUCAGGUACUCAUGCCUCCUGAACUGAAGGAGUUAAUGGCUUCAUUCUGUUCGGUCAGCCGAACUGGGAAAGCUUGUGCUUAUCAAGGAGGAGAUGCUUGCCUUGAAGAGAUCAACAAGGAUGCGAAGUCUUGGAUGAAGUUGACUGGUGUACCCAAUGAUGAAAGGUGGAAACGUGUCUUCAGAAACUUAGAAAAACUGAAAAAGGUGAGAGGAGCAACACUUUCUGAUGUCAUGAUGAGUGACACUGGAGCAAGUCAAGCUACAGAGACCAAGGUUUCCAGCAAAGAAGUUGAAAGGACAAGGGCAUUGAUCCGUAAAGCAAAUUAUCUGAUGACUCCGAAAUCUGAAAAAGUGCACACAAGUAUGGAUGGGAAGACCAAACUAAACCCUGACCUAGUCAACUUUUCCACGACGGCAAAGGAAAUCACAAAGAACUAUGUAGAAAGUGCAAAAGCGGGCCAUCCCCCCAAGCCAACUGUCAUUCCUGUCACACUUAGCGAUUUAGAACGAACCAAUGCUGUAGAAAGCAUGAACAUCAGUGAAAUCAGAAAGAAAAUACUGGAGAUACUAGAGGGCCUGCCAAUGGAUGUGGCUAAGCGAUAUCAGUCAAGCUACAUGAAAUCUACCAAGACUGCUUCCAAAAAACAGUAUUUGAACUUAUAUUACUCUUUAGUUGAGGAACUAGAGCAACAAGUCAGUGAAGAAGAAGAAGAAGAAGAUUAGAUGAGUACAUCGUCUUGUCCGUUUGUCUACGAAAAGCAUGUUGAAUACAUUCCUGAGAGUAGACGGAGGAUCAAAGACUAUCGUACAGCCAAGUAAAAGUAAGUUAAUUUUCCUUUAUUCCCUUGAUUUGAAGGUCAUUCUACAUUUCUUAAAAGAAUAUUGCAACUGACAAGAAGCACUCAAUUUGUGAAAAUAUGAAACAUAAAUGGAAACCUGAAGACGCACGCACAUCUCGUCGAAUAUAUAUGUUUACCCCCCCCCCCCCGGGUCUGGUUAGGCAUUUUUUUUAGUGAAGGAGGACAUCAUAAAUGCGUCUGA